AAGCCAUCUUGGAAAUUCUGUUGAGACCAAAAUGAUUAGCCGACUAGGUAGAGAACUUCGUAGCAAGCUAGAGCUUUAAAACAUCAGAAACCAGACAGAUUAUCACAGCCAUCCGAGGAUAAAAUCUGAGGAGAAUACGAACAUUGGCAACAAACAAAGUGAAAUGGCCUGCUAGCUAACAAAUACUUUGGCAGUUAGCUGCUAGCUAAGGUUUGCUACUUCUGACAAGACCCAAGUGAGUCACAGGAGUGUCUCAAGCCAGAUCCUUGUUUUUAUUGCAGUACUAGUACCAAUGACUCAUAUGCUUAUUGACAUUUUUGAUGAGCUGCUCUGCAAAUAAAAUUUAUAUUACGGAAACUGAAGACAAGAAACAAGACAGUUGACUGAGUGCAUCAGAUCAUCGAGGAGGUUGCGGGGACCCUCAACUGAUCCCUCAAACUCCUGGAGAGGGGGGACUACAUCUCCCACACGCACACUAAAGACAAUUCUCACUCAUUUGGAAGUACAUCUAGAGAAUCAUGAGUGCCACAAGAACAGAGAACCCAAUGAUCUUGGGUUUGUCAAACCAGAAUGGCCAACUUCGAGGAUCGCUAAAGUCUGCGGGAGGACCAGGUGGAGGAGGGGGAAGUCCUCAAAUGCAACAAAGUCAGACAAAGAUCGGAAGCACAAUCAACAAUGGCAGUUCUCAAUCUGCCCCCACAGCCAACACUGUCAUAAAGGCUGGAGAUGACUGGAAGAAAAAUUUGAAACUCCCCCCAAAGGACAUGAGGAUGAGGACUUCAGAUGUAACCGCAACUAAAGGCAAUGAAUUUGAAGAUUACUGCCUCAAGAGAGAGCUACUAAUGGGAAUCUUUGAGAUGGGCUGGGAGAAACCUUCUCCUAUCCAGGAGGAGAGCAUUCCCAUUGCGCUGUCAGGAAGAGACAUCUUGGCUAGAGCAAAGAACGGCACAGGAAAGAGCGGAGCCUACCUCAUCCCCUUACUUGAACGCAUUGACCUGAAGAGGGACUGCAUACAAGCUUUGGGCAUCGUGCCCACCAGAGAACUGGCCCUGCAGGUCAGUCAGAUAUGCAUCCAAGUCAGCAAACACAUGGGUGGGGUCAAGGUCAUGGCAACCACAGGUGGGACCAACCUGCGUGAUGACAUCAUGAGGCUUGAUGAGACAGUGCAUGUGGUGAUUGCUACACCUGGGAGAAUCUUGGAUCUGAUCAAGAAAGGGGUAGCCAAAGUUGAUAAAGUGCAGAUGAUCGUUCUGGAUGAAGCUGAUAAGCUCCUGUCUCAGGACUUUAUGGUAAUGAUGGAAGAGAUCCUGGGCUACAUGGCAAAACAAAGACAGAUCCUGCUCUACUCUGCCACCUUUCCACUCAGUGUGCAGAAGUUCAUGAACUCUCAUCUGCAAAAGCCCUAUGAGAUCAACCUAAUGGAGGAGCUGACCCUUAAAGGAGUGACACAAUAUUAUGCCUAUGUUACUGAAAGGCAGAAGGUCCAUUGCCUUAACACACUGUUCUCAAGGCUCCAGAUCAAUCAGUCCAUAAUCUUCUGCAACUCGUCUCAGAGAGUGGAGCUUCUGGCCAAGAAGAUCUCCCAGCUUGGCUACUCCUGUUUCUACAUCCACGCCAAGAUGAGACAGGAGCACCGCAAUCGUGUGUUCCACGACUUUAGAAAUGGCCUGUGCAGAAACCUCGUCUGCACUGAUCUCUUUACCAGAGGCAUUGACAUUCAAGCUGUGAAUGUUGUGAUCAACUUUGACUUCCCCAAGCUGGGAGAGACGUAUCUUCACCGCAUCGGCAGAUCCGGCCGUUUUGGACACCUGGGUUUGGCCAUCAACCUGAUCACCUACGACGACCGCUUCAACCUGAAGGGCAUCGAAGAGCAGCUGGGGACUGAGAUAAAGCCCAUCCCUGGCAGCAUCGACAAGAGCCUGUAUGUGGCAGAGUACCACAGCGAGAGCGGGGAGGAUGGCAAGCUGUGAGCAGGAGAGAUCAGUCGCACCCCACCCACCCCAUCGCUCCUCCCCUUUUCGUUUACCCUUCCCUUCUGUGUCUUGGACUUUUUCAAUACCUAGCUUCCGUCUGUCUUCCUUUUUGGGGGCCACCGCGAGGACCGUGUUUUGUGACGGACAAAUGUUGAAAGAACUAGUUUCCCUUUUGGUAGGGCUCUUUGCUGUACCACUACAUCAAUACUGAAGACAUCAAAAGCACUUUGGAGGAAAGGAGGGACCAAGUAGAACAUGUAUCAAUGGAACUAGUGUGAGGAUUCAUAGCCACCAACGUCUGCAAUGCCAGCACACCAAGACCCACAUGUCAUACCUUCACACUCACAGUUUUUGUUUGUUUCCUAGUUUUUAGCUAUUUGAAUCAAGUGCCUUAACAAGCAGCUGAACUUGUUCUAAAGUAAUAACCCUUUCUCCUGAUUCUCAUCUAGCUCAAAAAACAUACCACACUGCACUUUCAUCCAAGUCCGACAUUUUGUUUCACGUAUCAGUAUCCUUCCAAUGAAGGAAAAACCACUUGCAUUUUGGUCAGGCCAUACACAUUUGGAUAGUGAUAACCUGGAGUGGGUGGAAUUAUUGCCUGCUGGCGUGGCUGCAUAUGAGUCUUGACUUUGUGAAGAAGAUAAAUGGGGAUUUUCCAAGAAGAUACUGGAUUAGAAAGACCUUUUUUUUUUCUUUUUCUUUUCUUUUUUUUAUAAAGGUUCCAAGAGUCAGAGACUGACCACUUGUUGAAGAAGCAUGUGCUUCUAAAGACCCAAACUCUUUCCUCCUCGUCUUUCAGUGUCGGAACAAUAUGAGCUGGUCAGAACUCCUGAGCAGCCCUUCUAUACAGCAGAGUCAUGAGGAUUCCUCUUCCUGAGGGUGAAAAAAAGUGGAUCAAAAGUCCUUUGUCCUGCUCAGCUUCACCUUCCUUACCGGGUGGCCACACUUUAACCUCCCAAGAUGUGCUGCAAACACGUGGGGCGCACUGUACACUCUGUAUAUACUUUGUUUGAUUUUUAAAGGUUUAAAAGAUAUGUUUUGAAAGGCUGGUUGAUGAUUGUUUGAGAUUGUAGUUAUCCAAUCAGCACUGGCGCUUAGUUUCCUUAACUGCCAUCCUCCUAACUGAAGAAUACUGCAACAUUGCCCCAUGAAUUAAUUUAUAAUUCUCAAACGUGCCGAAUUCAUUUUGGAUGUACCACAAUUACAUUUUGUUGUAGUUGGAAUGCGUCACUGACGCUGAUUUAGACACAUUUAAGGCCCUUAUAAAUUCAACAGUGGGUGCAGUUACGGAAACCUGCACUUACAUUUAGAUUUAAAUUAUUACAAUAUUUUAUUUUUUUCCUAAGUUUAUGCUAUAUAGAAAGAUGGCCCAAUAAGCGUGUAGUUGAACACUAUGAUGGUAUCGUUUUAUUUCUGCACAUCACCAGCCUUGGCUUGUUACUGACCUAUGAGACACCCACCAGGAUCCCUGGUCUAAGUGUGUGUAAUUUAUAAAAAGAAAAUUUGUGUUGUAAAAUGUCGUAGUGCUACUUGCUGCAGUGCAGUUGGUUUGACAGUAAGAUAAUUGCUGUUAAUCAAGAUGUUUAGCUGUUAUGUUGGUCCGUGUGCUUUUGGCACUGGUACAUUACUUUUGGAAGUGUUUGGGGGGGAAAUCUGUUUUUCUCUCCCUAACAAGAAUUGAUAAAGAUGUAAUGUAUCAAGGAAAACCAUCUGACCCUAAUGUAGCAGGAAAGAAUCUUUGAGUGCAUUGCAAGUCAAGGUGGCUUUUAAAAGCCACUUUCCACACAAUGGUGCACAAAACAAAUGGCAGAACAGGCUGCACUUAAGGAUAGACUAGAGACAUGGGGGUCAGGCAUUUACACUGACUUGCACUGCUCACUCCACACAGGUCAGCCUAGAUGGCAGAGUGGUGUGUUGGAGUUUUGUGCAUAUGGGUGGGAUGGGUGGGCUGUAAAAGGGUGGUGGUAAUGUUGGAGGGUGGGGUGACGUUUUACCAAAAUGUUUAGUUAAAUGACCAACACCAGGGCUUGAGAGUUUAAGUAUUUUGAGUCCACUGGAUCUCAUUGGCUCAUCGAAGUAUGCAGGUGUAUCAUUUUAGCCCUUUGGUGAAUGAAGGGUAUGGGAGUGGGAUUGCUAGUACUAUUGGGAUAUCUUUGAUUACUAAACUCCUUUUGAGGUACUGAACCCUUGUGACCAUUGUUGUGGUUCCCUUAUUAGGAGCCCUUUGCACCAGAAAUGGUGAGAUGCUCUACCAGGUUCAGUUCUAUGCAAUGAGAGCAAUUGCAAAUAUCCUAUUUCUAGGACAAACCUACUUUUUGCCACCUGUAGAAAGUUUGAAUAGGGUUGACCUCAGGAAUCCUCAUCUCUCAUUGUUUAGGACUGGAACCUCUGUUCUCUUCUACUGUGGCCCCAGAAAACACAUCUCAUUGCAGGGUAUUUUGAGGAUUACAUUUACUUUAUCUUAUACUUUUUAUUUUUUGGGAAAAAAUUGGGUGGGGGGAUGGGCUAAAAGAGAUGUGACUUUAGAUCAGAGAACAGGGGUUUAAAUCAAAGUACAUUGGCAGCUGUCUUUCAUCUUUUAUUACUUUUGGAUCACUGUGUGUAGCCAUGGCUCUUCUUUUCAGCACAGAAGUAUCUUGUCAUUUGGGGAGUGUUGUGUGCUGCUUUGAUGGGCUGUGGUCCCAUUGGACAGUGGAGGGUUUUGUAUCUUGAAGAAUGAGACAAGGAGCAUCUUGCCAUACAUUUGGCCUUUUCUGAUUGGUUUAUAAAGGAAAUUGUCUCAUUCGUCAGGUAAUUGUUUUAGGGAGAGGGAGGUUUAUUUUUAAUUUUGCUGCCCUGAUGCAUAAUUCCUGGACUCGAUACUUGAAACAAACUAGUUUUAACAUUGGCUGGUAAAAUCACUUGUUAAUGUUACUGGAUUGUUCCUCCAGGAAUAAUGCAUCAGUUCAACUUAACUGGGAAGGUGGCCUUUGGGCAUUAAUUGGGAUAAAAAUAAACUUGGAAUAUCUAUUAAGGUUCUGGGUUAGAAAAUCUUAUGUCAUAAAACUGUGCCCUUAAAUUUGGACUUUGUUUCCCCACUUUAAAAAAAGCUGAAGAAAAGAUUUUCAGUUUAAAAGACCUUGUCAAGAAAACCAAAUUUAAGUGAAAUACUGCUAAGAAUUGUUUAUUCUUUGGAAAUCUGGCAUAUUUAAUUGGCCUUUCCUCAGUGAAGCUUGUUUUUAAGUGGGGUUUGUGUUGCAAAAAUGUCAUGGUUGUUAUCAGAAAUGAAGGAAUGUUUUUGUUUGAAAAAUAAAGCUCACUGAAAUCCC